AUGUCCGAUUCGCAAAGCGAGGAUGAAGCACCUGCACUUCGCAUCAAGAAGGAGCCCAUUUCGCCCGAGAAAGAGCGCAUACAGGUCGUCGUGCCAUCCAGUAGCGCCAAAGGUAGUCCUUCGAAAGGCAACAAGAAUCCUUGGACCGUCGGUAAGUCAUCUCAUCUUGCUCGACGAGCUGCACUUGUUCCUUGCCCAUCAACCUACCGCUGCUGCACUUACCUCCUCCCCCUGAAACACUCUUCUUCGGCGGCGACUCAAAGAGGAAGAGUUGACGUUGCAGAGGACAGUGUACGAUCUUGCCUUGAAGAACAUACCCGAAGUUCACAAAGCGUCAGGAUUGUCGAGCAAGCCCAAUUGGAGUGUGAGUUAGUCCGGGCAGUCUAUUCUCUGCGUGCCGAAAACCCAAUCAGCGCAGUCAGGAUUUUGACUCGCCCUGCAAUUUUACUCGCCCUGCACUUCUACUCGCUCUGCAAUUUUACUCGCCCUGCACUUCUACUCGCCCUGCACUUUCACUCGCCCUGCACUUCUACUCGCCCUUCACUUUUACUCGCCCUGCCCACUUGUACGAUAUGCACCGGCUUCUCUUUGCUGCGCAGGUGAACAAGAAGCUCAAUGCGCUGAGAGCUAGACUGGGUUGA